UGCUAGUGGGAUAGGGAUCAAAAAGGAAAGAGUGAAAGUGAAGGAGAAUGAGUGGGAAGGUGGUGUGCGUUACUGGGGCGUCCGGCUAUAUUGCGUCAUGGCUGGUGAAGCUCCUUCUUCAGAAAGGUUACACCGUCAAGGCCACCGUUCGUGAUCUUGGUGAUCCCAAGAAGACGGAACACUUGCGGGCAUUGGAUGGAGCUAGUGAGCGGCUUCAGCUGUUCAAAGCAAACUUAUUAGAGGAGGGUUCAUUUGAUGCUGUUGUUGAUGGUUGCGAAUGCGUUUUCCAUACGGCUUCUCCUUUCUAUCAUAAUGUUGUUGAUCCACAGACUGAGUUACUUGAUCCAGCAAUAAAAGGAACCCUUAAUGUUCUAGGCUCCUGUGCUAAAGUCUCUUCUAUCAAAAGGGUUAUUGUGACAUCAUCCAUGGCUGCUGUUUCAUACAAUGAGAGACCCCGCACUCCUGAUGUGACUGUUGAUGAGACAUGGUUUUCAAGUGAAGAGGUUUGCCAGCGUGAUAAGGCAUGGUAUGUUCUGUCUAAGACCCUUGCAGAGGAGUCAGCGUGGAAGUUUUCGAAAGAGAAUGGCAUUGAGUUGCUUACAAUCAAUCCAGCAAUGGUCAUUGGUCCUCUUCUGCAACCAACUCUAAACACAAGUGCUGCUGCAAUCCUCAACGUAAUAUCUGGAAAUUCUACUUUCCCAAAUAUGACCUUUGGAUGGGUAAAUGUGAAAGAUGUUGCCUUGGCACACAUUUUGGCAUAUGAGGUUCCUUCCGCAAAUGGUAGAUAUUGUUUAGUUGAAAGAGUCGCACACUUUUCAGAGAUCGUGAAACUGAUUCAUGAAUUUUAUCCAUCCCUUGAACUCCCUCAAAAGUGUGCGGAUGAUAAGCCAUUCGUCCCUACAUACCAGGUCUCCCAGGAAAAGACUAGAAGUUUGGGAAUUGAUUACGUCCCUCUAGAGACAAGUUUGAAGGAGACUAUUGAAAGCUUGAGAGAGAAAGGAUUUGUCACUUUUUAAACUGCAUUUGCGAAAUAAAGACUUGAAUCCCAGCAUUUUGAGUUCAAGAAGUUUGUUAUGUGGGAUCAUCCAAGUUUCUGUGUGAACUAUCUGAAUGUUUCUUAGGUUUGUUACAAAGAGUACUUUUGGUCUUGCCUCUUAUGUUAAAGCUGAUGUCAUGCUCAAAAAUGAUCUGUCUUGUUUGAUGAUUGGCUUGUGUUUUGAUGCUCAUUUGUCAAGGCCAAUGGACUCUGUAAGGUCUGUAUCCUAAUGGACUCUAUGAGGUGAAAAUAAUGCUAAAUAUCAUGAUUUUGUGAUUUUAA